AUGCCUGACGCUACUGGAACUCAGUCUUUGAGGAUCAAGUCCGGUCCCUCGUAUAUCCCAAGUCCUCCUAUGACGGAGGCAGAGCGUGCCACCCUGCUCAAGCCCCUCAUUGAUCCAAAGAGUGACUCUUACACUGCCAAUCACGCCAAGAACUUGACGAAAGUGAUCGAGCUAUACGAGACCGGACAGCUCACGGUCAACGACGAGAUCUGGGUUGUGGAUGGUGAACUUGUGAGCAAGGAGGAAGGAGAAGCAACACUCAAGCACUGUACGCAUGAAGGAAUGAAACAAGCAUGCAAUUUCUACGCCCAAAAUCUCGUACCAUGCAUGACCCUGCUGAAAUUCAGUCUCUUACAGCUCGAUCACUUUCGUCAAGUUCCUCGCGUGUUCAGCGGUGUAACAGGCGCUCUUAGGAUCGAUGAGGGGCUUAAGCAGGGUGGCACGCUCUGCCUCCGUCAUAGGAGGACUUGGGAUAGCCGGACUUGA